AUGUCGAGCGACCGGUGCGGGGCAGGCUUCUUCGCCGUCCAGGUUGGCACUUCCGCCACCGUUCACGACACGCUCGCCGAGGCGCUAGUCAGAUUGGUCCCGUGUGCUGCUAUCGUCCGGUUUGAGACGCGUGACGAGGCUGAGGCGUGGGCAAAGCUCGCGCCACGGCGGCCGGCGCCUGCCACCGAAGCCUCCGAGGGAGCGCCAACGGCGCCGGGCUCGCCGGCGGAGGAGCGCAAUGCCGUGGCGGCAGAAGAAGAGGCGCAGGCCGAGGUCAUUGGCGCCUUUGCACACCACGUCAGCGACGACGGAGCUGUCGGCGUCGGCGCUGUGCUGGAGCGCCGGGCAGACGGCUUCAGCUGGCGUGGCUAUCGACACUGCGCUGGCACCGUCGCCACUGCCGCCACUGCCGUAUCGCAGGAAGAGUCGGAGGAGGAGGACGCGACGCAGGCGGGGGAAGAGGAGGCCAGCUCCACGGUCGAGACCGAAGUCGAGGCCUUCUUGCUCUUGGCCGAGGCGGCGAGCGUCCUCGCGCCGCGCGAGUCGCUGCUUCUGCUCGGCGGCUCUCGCCUGCUCCACUCCCUCCUGCGGCGCCGCGUGGCUGCCCCAACGCUGGCCGAUGGGGCAAGA